AUGAGUGACCGAAAUGGCAAGCGGCCCGUCGUUGUGGUCCUCGACCCGCCUUCUGACGAUGAUGAAUCCGGGAACCGGAUUGUUGCUGGGGGCGUCGCAGGCGACUCGGCCCCCAACUCUUCCAGGAGAAAGAUUGGCGCAGCUGGGACUGUGUUUUUGAUUCUCAACAAGAUGAUUGGAACGGGCAUUUUCUCAACGCCAUCGGGCAUUUUUGCUGCCACGGGCUCUGUGGGAAUUACUUUGUCGAUGUGGGCAGUCGCCGGCCUCCUCACCCUCUCCGGCCUGAGCGUUUUUCUUGAGUUCGGCCUUGCCAUCCCUCGAUCAGGGGGAGAGAAGAACUACCUAGAGCGAGUGUACCGUCGACCGCUGUAUCUCGCCUCGAGCGUCUUCGCCGUGCAAAUCGUGUUGCUCGGAUUUUCCGCCAGCAACUCCCUGGCAUUUGGCCGUUACGUGUUGUUGGCUACCGGCCACCCGAUGCCGGACGGCUGGAUCCCACGGACGAUCGCCGUAUGCUGUGCCACCACCGUCGUUCUCCUGCACGGCGUGCUCCCGAAAUGGGGGCUCGGGCUCACGAAUGCUUUGGGGGUCUUCAAGGUCCUCGUUUUACUCCUGAUUGUCUUCUCGGGGUUUGCCGCGCUCGCGGGCCAUCGUAUGGUUCCGGAUCCCCAUAACUUUGAUGACUUCUGGGCCAUCGAAAAGGGAGAUGGAUAUGGUGUAGGCGGGGCCUAUGCCUAUGCCACGGCCAUGCUCCAGGUGGUGUACAGCUACAAGGGGUGGGAAAACGCCAACUAUGUGCUUGGAGAGCUGAAGAACCCACAACGUACCCUCAAGGUCGCCGGCCCCCUCGCGGUGAUCAGUGUCACUAUCUUGUACACUCUCGCCAACGUCGCAUAUUUUGCCGCCAUUCCGAAGGGGGAACUGGCCAAGUCCGAGGUCAUUGUUGCCGGCCUGUUCUUCCGGAACAUGUUCGGGGACAGCGCUCUUGCGCGAAGCCUGCCUGCGCUGGUUGCGCUCAGCAACAUUGGCAACGUACUGGCCGUCAGCUUUGCGCAUUCGCGUGUCAACCAGGAGCUGGGGCGAGAAGGGAUCUUGCCGUGGAGCAGGUUUUGGGCUUCCACAAAACCGUUCAACACGCCGGCGGCUUCGCUCUUCCUACAUUGGAUAGUUACUGUGACUGUGCUCGUCGCACCUCCCCCCGGCCCUGCAUACAACUUUAUUGUCAACUUAUACACGUACCCCAACGCCUGGAUGAACGGAUUCGUUGCCGCGGGGCUCAUCUACCUGCGGUUCAACAAAUCAGAGAAAUGGACCUCGCCGUUCCAGACAUACCUCCCAGUCGCCGGCAUCUAUCUCCUCCUCAACAUCUUCCUCGUACUUGCGCCCUUUGUUCCACCAUCCGGCGGCUGGAGCGCAGACGGAUACCCAUACUAUGCUUACCCCCUGGUCGGCCUGGGAAUUCUGUUUCUGGGUGUGGCAUACUGGUUCUUCUGGACGAGGACGGGUAACCACUUGGCGACUAAAUUGGAUGUUGGUACCAAUGGGGAGAGGAGAAGCGAUGAUGGCAAGUCGUUUGAAGAUGAGCGUCCUCUGCUGCAGGAGGCGGAGGAGUCUCUAGUGGGUCGAGGGAAUGGUGCGAGGCAUGGGUACACGAGGAUCGAUGGGUAA